GAGGCGCUUAAGACGUUAAAAACCCGAGGCAAAUACGAAACGGAAGCGGCUUUAGAGAGAGAAAGGAGAGAGAGAGAGAGAGAGAGGGAGAGAGAAUGGCCGCGGCGGCGCGGGAGGAGGAGGAGGCGUCGACGGCGGCGAGGAGCCGGCAGGAGAGCGAGGGGGAGGAGGAGGAGGUGAUGGCGGUGCUGGACUUCGACAUGCUGUGCGCCUCGGUGGCGCUGGCGGCGGAGAGGAGGAAGGAUUCGGCCGCGGCGGCGGCGGCCACGGUGGAGGCCGGUGGUGGAGGAGGCGGAGGAGGAGGAGGAGGGGUGCAGAGGAUGUGGGAAGGGGACGUGGUGCUGGAUUGCUUGGAGGACAGGCGAAUCGCGCUCGAGGCCGCGUGCUGCCCAUGCUACAGGUUCGGCAAGAACAUGCGGAGAGCCAAUCUUGGAUCUUGCUUCCUUCAGGCCAUGGUUUACUUAAUUUCUUUAGUGGCUAUUCUGGUUAGCCUAAUCGCCUUUUCUGUCACAAGGCAUAAUAUAUAUUUGUAUAUGGGACUUAGCUCUGUUCUCUUGAUAGCAAUCUAUACUGGUUACUUCCGAAGAAGAAUCAGGAAGCAGUUCAAUAUCAGGGGCACUGAUAGCAGUCUAGAUGACUGUGUUCUCCAUCUCAUUUGUCCUUGCUGUACGCUAUGCCAGGAGGCUCGGACGUUGGAGAUAAAUAAUGUCCAGUGCGGUGUCUGGCAUGGGCGGGGUGAUACCAUUUGUUUAGGAAGCAACGGUGAAGGAAAUAAGGCUUUUGCUGCUCUACACAAGUCCUCUUUUGUGCCUAUAAAAUCUCCUGAGGUGUGUGGCAUGGACAGAACAUCAAAUGGUGCUAAUGAGCAUGAACCACUCGUCCCAUCAGAUCUACCAGAGCAGUAGGAUAAUAGCAGUUGGCAGUUGUAUUGCAUAUACCCUUUUGCACAAAUUCGAAUUGAAAUGGUGAAAAUUCUCAAGAGAAUUGGUGGACUGUCCGGCAAGAAAAUAAUCUGUACUGCAAUUACAGGCCUGUUUGUUGUAUCAAGCCUGAAAAUUUGUAUUGGCGCUGGCAGCAACCAUAUGUGGGUGAUAGGUGCAAGUGCAACUGGGUUGUUGUAAACUUAGGUGAUAGUUCUCAUCGUGUAUUUGGUUUUAUUUAGUCUCAAGUCGGUAUCUAUAUUAUAUCAUGAUGCUCAAGGCUUAUGAUGAAUCCAAGUGUAAAUUUUUCUGGCUGUUACAUAGUGUUUCAACUUCCAACUUUCAGGGACAAAUUGACAUGAAUCAAAUGAAAUGUCAUCAACUGUUGUUAGGUCCUUCUCAUGAAUGGAAACAGAACGUGCUCAAUCCUCAA